UGUAUGUACCCACUUAUUUCUCUCACGUCUCACGUUUUAUCUACCUCUCAUGGUUGCAUCCAUUUCUAGUCUAACCCUCACGCAAAGAAAAACUAUAGCAACACAAAUAGAACAAUAAUUCCCCAAAUCAGUAACUUGUAUGGAGUAAUACCCUAUAGAAAUUAAUAAUUCAAUGAUUCUCCAACACAAACAAUCAUACAAAAACACAUAAAAUUCAAAUUUAUCAAUUUAAAUUGGUGUGUAGGGAUCAAUCCUGGUUUAGUAUCACAUCAACAAUACCCCUAGAUUUUUCUUCCUCACAUAUGAAAUAUCAUGAUAGCAGUAAACAAUCCAGCAUAGAGGAAGACUCAUGGCGGAAUGAGAGCCUUGAUGGUGUUUACGGCGGAGGAAUGCUUCAUGGCCUUAGGAGUGUCGGUUACGUCAUAUUUUAACUCAAACCGUUAGAUAAAUCUAUUGGUAUACAAAAGUGGUUCAUCAAUGAACUACUUAUUUGAUAUUUAUCUUUAAGCCAUUAACCGUUUGUUUUAGACAUAUAAUGUACAUAGUAAUUUAAAAAUCUUUCUAUAACUCAGAGAUUUGCAACUAAUUAAAUAAAUUGCAUUCCUUGUAUAGAAAUAACAGCACAUACUUACUUGAAUUCGAAUCAUUUGACAUUUUUUUUCUAUAUAAAGCCAGACACUGUCAUAAUCAUCAUUCAUUAGGACCACCAACUCGAAGGUGAAGUAAGAUUGUACACACAUUGAUAGAAGUGAAGAUGGGAAUCAAAGAGGAUGUUGAGGGUGGUAAGAAGAGAGGAGUAACAGAACCAUUGUUAGGGGAAAACAAUAACCAACUUGUCAAUGAAACCAAAGAUCAUCAUCAUCAUCAUCAUAAUCAUCCAUGGAUGGUUUACUUCACCACAUUCAUUGCUGUUUGUGGUUCUUUUGAAUUUGGUACUUGUACUGGAUAUUCAUCUCCAACUCAAGAAGCUAUCAGGAAGGAUCUUAAUCUGUCUUUGGCUGAGUACUCCUUGUUUGGCUCCAUCUUGACUUUCGGUGCAAUGAUUGGCGCAAUAACAAGUGGACCAAUUGCUGAUUUAGUCGGCCGAAAGGGGGCAAUGAGAGUAUCAAGUGCUUUCUGUGUUGCAGGAUGGCUUGUUAUUUAUUUUUCAAAGGGUCCAGUUCCUUUGGAUAUUGGGAGACUAGCAACAGGAUAUGGAAUGGGAGUCUUUUCAUUUGUGGUUCCUAUCUUCGUAGCAGAAAUCUCACCAAAAGAACUCCGAGGAGCCCUCACUACCUUAAAUCAGUUCAUGAUUGUUCUUGGGGCAUCCGUGUCAUUCGUAAUUGGAACAGUACUUUCAUGGAGGGCUUUAUCUUUAAUUGGACUUAUUCCUGCUGCUGUGUUGCUUUUGGGUCUAUUCUUCAUUCCAGAGUCUCCUAGAUGGCUGGCAAAGAGAGGACGGUCGGAAGAUUUUGUGGCUGCAUUGCAAAUACUUCGUGGUAAAGAUUACGAUAUAUCUCAAGAAGCAGAAGAAAUUCAGGAUUAUAUAACUAGUUUAGAAAAACUUGCAAAACCGAAGGUGUUGGAUUUGUUUCAAAAAAGAUAUUUACGCUCACUCACGAUCGCAAUAGGGCUAAUGAUCUGCCAGCAAUUAGGUGGAAUCAAUGGAAUUGUAUUUUAUGCCAGCAGUAUUUUUGACCUAGCAGGAUUUCCUUCCACGGCCGGGAGUAUAUAUUUUGCUAUUAGUCAGAUUGUAAUCACAGCUGUUGGAGCAACCCUCAUAGAUAAAGCAGGCAGGAAGCCUCUACUAUUGGCAUCUGGAUCGGGACUGGUUGCAGGAUGUGUGUUUAUCGCAGUUGCAUUCUAUCUUAAGGUUCAUGGUGUGGGUGUCGAGGCAGUCCCAGCACUUGCUGUAACCGGCAUACUUGUCUACAUAGGAUCAUUUUCAAUAGGAAUGGGAGCAGUUCCAUGGGUCGUGAUGUCUGAGAUAUUUCCUGUGAAUAUUAAAGGACAGGCCGGAAGCAUAGCCACGUUGGUGAACUGGUUUGGUGCAUGGCUAUGCUCCUAUACUUUCAACUUUCUCAUGAAUUGGAACUCUUAUGGUACAUUCAUUCUUUAUGCUGCAUUCAAUGUAGUAGCUAUAUUAUUUAUAGUUUUAGUAGUUCCAGAAACCAAAGGUAAAAGCCUUGAACAAUUACAAGCAGCCAUUAAUGCAUAGGAAGCUUGCGAUUUGCAGUGUUUGGUGGAACAACAUAGGAUGCAAGAUGGUGGUUGAAUAAGUAGCCUAAUUUUUUUUAGUCUGUUUGGUUUUAUAUUUGAUUAUUGAAUUCACUAUUGUUAUAAUUCACAUUCAUUGUGCUGAUGUAAUUGAUUCAUGAAACAUACUCCAAAAACAACCUAAACAAUCCUAUCAGAGUUUUUUUA